UCAAACAUGAUAAAACAUGUUAUAUGAUGUCAUUUUACGUCCAGAGUACACACUACGUGCUACAUUAUUAAAAACGGAUCGGUUGUUGCCUCUGUUGCGUUUUUAAAAGCCGAAACGUUCACAUUGAGUUGAUUUAAAAACUGAUCUGGGGUCGAUUAAACUAGUCUGUUCCAUCAGCAAUAGCAGGAAAGACGCAUUUUUAGAUGAAGCAUGUUAACAAGUAACUGAGUCCUGUUUAGUUUGUGUUACUUUUUACUACUUCUUUGUUACUCCUGCGUGUCCGGAAAGUUUAAAAGAAGCUUGCAGCCAUGCUGCCGCUGAAGGAGAAGGACAAGCCCAUCAUCAGGAAGCUGCUGUCGUCGGGCUGCUGCGCUCGCUGCGUCCUGAGGUUCUGCUGCGUGACGCUCCAGGCCGCCUACAGGAAGCCCCCGCAGGACACGCUCCGGGAGCUCCGGGCAUUCGUCCACGACGCCGAGAACGGAGAAACCCGGGAAUCGGCGGAGGGAAACGGCGAAACCCCUGAUGCGGCGGCGGCGGCGGAACCAGCCGGAGACCCGCCGAGUAAAAGAGCGAAACUGGAGCGCGUUGGGACCGGCGCUGCAGAGGAAGAGGAGGAGGAAGACGCUGCGGUCGAACCGAAGGAAGAAGAGCCGAGUGUGUGUGUGUCGUGUUUGGGGGUCCUCCAGGAACUCUGUGGCCCCACUCAUGCUGUAAAGAUCGCGGAGAGAGUCAAGGCCGAAAAGUACGAGUUCGACACCCUGUUGCUGUCGGUGUCUCUGCCCGCUCAGCUGUGCGUCCGCGAGCACUCCUGUUGGCUUCACGUGAAGAAGGAAAUGAGGGAGAAGAGCCUGGCGGUGGACAAGGACGACUUGGUCCAGGUGAAGGAGACCUUCAAGUGGGUCAUGCAGGGCGCGGUGGCCCAGGAGCUGGGCGGCGUCCCCGUGGUCAUCAGGAGUUUGUUCGAGGUCGGCGUGGAGUUCACGCACCCGGAGACGGACGCCGACUGCCACUUCCUAGCGACGGCGUGCGCCAGCUGCUUCAAAUCCAACAGGAACAAACGGUCGGUGUUCACCAGGAUGGCGGUGGUCAAAGCUCUGGAGAAGAUCUCCGACGCCGUGUUCCUAAAACAUUACUCGUCUCCACCAGCGGCGCCGACGAGCAGCUGCAGCACCGAGAACAUCCAAUGUCUCCACCUGGCGAUCUUCGUCGCAGGGCGAUACAACAAGUUCAGCCGCAGUCUGCCUCAGACGCCGUGGGUGAUCGACGGCGAGCGGCGGAUGGAGUCGUCGGUGGAGGAGCUGAUCGCGGCGCCCGUCCUCUCGUCCUUCAGGGCCGACGGAUUUAAUUUCUCCUCGUCGGGCCGCGAGGACGUGGACGUCCGGACUCUUGGAAACGGUCGGCCGUUCGCGAUGGAGCUUCUGGACCCUCACAGAACCAAACUGAGCCACGUGGAGAUGAAGCAGCUGCAGGAGGUCGUCUUCAUCACUCACUCACAAAGCAUCAUCAUCAUCAUUUCGUUCCCGAGUUAAAUAUCCGAACGACGACGGACAGAUUUAUUUUUAUUCAGUCCUGAGACGUUUCCAAACAUCCGUCUCCUCGGUUACAUUUCCACUUCCUGUCGGUAUAAAUCAGAGUCUCUGAACUCUGAGCAGAACAAUAGGACCUCAACACUGAAAAUUAAUAUAUACAGAUAUAUAUACAAAUAUAUAUAUAUAUAUAUAUAAAUUUACAAAUAUAUAUAAAAAAGAAAGAUAUGUAUUUAUAUAUGUAUAUAUUAAUUUUUAGUUUAUUUACAUAUCUAUAUAUACAUAUAAAUGAACUACAAAUUAAUAUAUACAAAUAUAUAUUUUAUAAAGAAAGAUAUAUUUAUAUGUAUAUAUUCAUUUUUAGUUUAUUUACAUAUCUAUAUAUACAUAUAAAUGAACUACAAAUUAAUAUAUACUAGGGCUGUGAAACGAUUAAAAAUUUUAAUCGGGUUAAUCACAGGUUUUUGUGGAUUAAUCAUGAUUAAUCACAUAUUACCGAUAUUCUCGGUAUAUUUUGUGAGAACAUAGAGAUUUAUGACAAAAGACGGAUAUAUACAUUUAUACAUUCUUCUAUACAAUGGUGCUGCAACUCAGCAGUUAUUUAGCAGUUUUCUUCCAUAUGGAACAUUAAUACAUCUUCAUCCUAAACAGAAUGUUUAACCCUCCUGUUACCUUUCGGGUCAAUUUGACCCCAUUCAAUGUUUAAUGUCGGUGUUCUUUGGGGUCAAUUUGACCCCAGGCUGUUUUUCACUGUCAAACAUAUAAGAAAUAUCAACUUUUUUAUUUAUUUAAAGGGCUAUUUAGGUUGUCAACAAACAAACAUAAAGUACCUCACACUUAAACUUGGGAAGUAAUAUUAAUUCUAAUAAUUUCCUGGAGGUUUUAAUUGCUGGGGUCAAAUUGACCCCGAGGGUAAAAUAUGUUAGUAAAUGUAAAGGUAACAGGAGGGUUAAACAGAACAUUUGUCUCUUGUUUGUCAACCAUUAACUCCACCAUGAUACAAUCUAAAGGCCUCUAGUCUUCCUCUAGCAGCUGCUGAGGCAAACUGACUGUGUGGGUUUUCUUCAUGAACUGGGCCGUGAUGAAAGGGACGGCGGGGACACCGCUGCAAAGCUGAAA